UAGCUUAGUCCACAUGUCUUAAUGUCAUAACAGUCAGUUGGUGCUGCAACAGUCACACACCUGGUGAAGACUGCUACAGAAACAUGGCAUUUAUUCUGACUCAGGACCAAGUUCUGUGCGUCAUUUGCAUGGAUAGUUUCACCGAUCCUGUGUCUAUCCCAUGUGGCCACAACUUCUGCAUGGAUUGUAUUCAGGGUUUCUGGGAUGCGAGCCGCAAGUGUGAAUGUCCACUUUGCAAAGAGGCAUUCCAAACCCGACCAACCCUCAGGGUGAAUGUAAGCUUAAAAGACAUUACGGAACAAUUCAAAAGAUCUAUAAAAACAAAACAAGAUUGCAAACCAGAGCCAGCACCAAGGAAAAAUACCUCCCGACGGUCCUUGAAAUCUGACACAAUACCUUGCGACAUCUGCAGCGAAAACAAGCAGACAGCAGUGAAGUCAUGCCUGGUCUGCCAAGCGUCUUAUUGUGAAAUGCACCUGGGCCCUCAUCUGAGGGAUCCGGUGAUGAUGAAGCAUAGUCUGACAGAUCCGGCCACCUUUAGCACUAGACACCUCUGCAGAAAACACAACAGGCCGCUGGAGAUGUUCUGCAAAAAGGACCAGACUCCUGUUUGUCGGAGCUGCACUGAGAGAGACCAUAAGCAACAUGAAAUCGUUCCUAUGGAGAAAGAGAGCAGGAGGAUCAAGGCACAUUUGAAGGUGGCUCAAUCUGAGAUUCAACAAAUGAUUCAGAACAGGCUAAAAAAAUGUGAAGAGCUGAAGAACUCUAUAGAGCUGAGCAGGAUUGAUAAAGACAAAGAGAUACAAACUAGUGCUCAUAUUGCCAGCAUGGCAAUAAAGGCCAUUGAGAGAAACCAAGCUCUGCUCAUAGAGGAGAUCGAAGAGAAGCAUGAAGCAGCAAAGAGGAGAGGAGAAGACCUAAUAGAAGAGCUCAACCAGGAGAUCGAUGAACUGCAGAGGAGAUGGAGUGAGCUGCAAUAUCUGAAGGACACCAAGGACCAGCUACAUCUCCUGCAGAGCUUCCCAUGCCUGACUUCUCCUCCAUCAUCCACAAACUGGUCUGAGGUCAGUGUUGAGCCUGAUAUUUACAUUAGAAGUGUCAGGGCAAGUUUCUCCAAGCUGGUGGACCUCUGCCGGGAAUUGGAAAAGAACCUUUGUGCAGAAGAAAUCAACAAGAUUGGCAAUUAUGCAGUGGAUGUGACUCUGGAUCCUAGAACUGCUGCUAACUGGUUGCUUCUGUCCCCCGAUGGUAAAAAGGUGAGCCUGAGCGGCCAGCAAGGAAUACAGUCGCUCCCUAAGGACCCCCGCAGGUUCGAUUCCUGUGUUGCCGUCCUGGGGCAGCAAAGCUACACCUUUGGGAGGAGAUAUUGGGUGGUUAAGGUAGGAGAUAAAACCGACUGGGAUCUUGGUGUAGCCAAGGAGUCCAUUAACAGGAAGGGCUCCAUUACUGUCCGUCCAGACAACGGUUACUGGGCGAUCUGCAGGAGGAAGGGUGAGAGUCUUCGGGCCUGUGCUGGACCAUCCGUUAUCCUAAAGCUUCAGGAAAUCCCAUCGAAAGUGGGCGUUUACUUGGACUAUGAAGAUGGAUCGGUGUCAUUCUACAAUGCCGAUACAAAGAGUCAUAUCUACACCUACAAAGGGUGUUGUUUUACAGAGCCUGUCUACCCGUACUUUAAUCCCUGCCUUCAUGACAAUGGGAGGAACACAGCGCCACUGAUUAUCUGUCCGGUGGAAACUGGGCUCACUCUAGAGACUGCAGUGCACUAAGGUUAAUAUAAUGAAUGAGAUAUAAUGAAGUUUACAGCACUUUAAAGAAUUUUACAAGACACUUGGUUUACCUGUUUUUAGUUUUUUUAUGUUUAUUAUCAGUAACCCAUUGAGUAUGUUGGAAAAACUUAAAAGAAAAGUCGGUCAUAUUCAGAAUACAAACUUUUGGAAGGACUUUAGGUAUGAAAUGAUUACAUAGUUUUCAAUAAAUGAUAAGUGAUUUUAAUUAAGAGUAAUUCGCGCUCGGCUUAUCGCGCCGUUACAUCACUGCUUGAAGAUGUAAGUAGUAAGGUGUUACUAUAUUUGGGCUAAAAUGGCCAGUCGCGGACUCAGUGAAAAAAUACUAUUUUUAUUUUUUUACUGAUUAACUCUUAAUUCAUUAAAUCAAUGCAAACUGAUUAGUUUUAGGUGUAAAUAAUGACCCAUUGGUUAUUCCUUGGUGACCGGACUUUUCCUUUAAGAACCAACUGACAGUUUGCAUUUUCAUGACCUUAUUUUAAAGACUGCUGGCAUGCUUCUUGUAGCUUUUUCAAAUGAAGCAAAGCAAGUGUACAUCAAAUACCUUGCAUACCUGCAUUUGUCAGUAUGUAUUCUGUCACUGCGAUGCCUUUUGUUUUAAAUGUCUAUGUAAAUCUUUGAGAGUUUAUUGCAUCUUUAUCUUCCUGGAACCAGCAGCUUCGUGCUCCAGUUUUUAUGCUUGGUUACCAAACAUUGUUGGCAGCAAAGCCAGUAACAGUGGAUAAUCUGGUUUUACAGCUUAUUAAUCCUCGUUCUCUGUCUUUCCAUCAUGUUUUUGUUUUUCCUGCAUUAGAAGCAUAGCUUCACGUAUUUAAA